AUGUUUGGGUCAUUGAACCGAAAAAUAAUUUUUGGGACAGUCGUACGACUGACACCCUCUUUCGCAAUACCCAUCAUUGGACGAAGGAACGAAAAUGAUACCGAUAAUAUAAAUAAGCCUAAUGCUGUACAAAGUACAGGAUGGGAUAGAGUAAAAGCAAUGUAUAGUAAAAAUGAAAUAGAAGAAGUGUCAAUGGAAUUGCACAAUGUAGCUCAAGCCACUAUGUCUGGUAUUUUAGUGGGUGCAUUUUUAGGAGGAUUUGCUAAAUCAAGAGAUGCUUAUUUAACAUUCAUAGAAAAUAAUCAAGCUACUACAUUUAAAUCAACAUUUGAAGCAAAGAAAAAACUACAAGAUUUUAUAACAGUUUCAUUUGCAAGAGGAGCUUAUCAUUGGGGCUGGAGAUUAGGUAUCUUUACUGGUAUAUUUAGUUUGAUCUCAACAACAUUAUCAGUGUAUAGAGAUGAAAGUUCGCUUGGGGACUAUGUGUCAGCAGGUAUAAUAACUGGGGCUAUAUACAAAGCUAAUUUGGGUCCAACAGCCAUGCUUGUCGGAGCAGGUGUAGGUGGUGUUCUUAGUCUCGUUGGUGGUAUGCUCAUCUUUAGUAUACUUAAACUAACUGGAUUAUCCAUGGAGGAUAUCAGAAAAUCAUUGUACAAAUUAAGAGAAGCAAGGCAAGACCAAUUAAAUCAAGCAAUUGAUAAAGCUGCGUAUGAAAAGAACGAUAAUUUGACGCGACACCACGAUGAAGUGGUUGAAGAGAAAGGUGUUAAGAAUAUAGAAGAAAUACAU